AAUUAUCAAUUGCCAUUUAUAUAUCUACCGGAUAAACUCUCUAUAUGGAUACAGAGAGUUUAUAAGAAGUUAUUCUCAGUGUUGAAAGUUAAUUUGACGAGAAAACAUAUGCUCGAGUGACUUGUGACCACUAUGGAUACGUUUCAUAGGGUAUCACCAACAUCGUAUUGCGUUCUUUUCGCUGUGACCUGCCUACUCGGUAACAUUCAUUCUAUUCAGAUACUUAGAAAUGGCCCAGUUUCCAAUCAAAACGAACUAGUUAGAUUUACCAGAGAGAUUCCAAAUGAUCUUCAAUUUCAAAACGAUACAACUACCGAUGACCGGAAAAAUUCCUUCCCUGGUGAGAAUUCUUUAGAUAAUUCAUCUAUCAUUGUCUCAACAGAGAUCGACAAUGCGCAAGAAAACUCCACUAAUCCGACAGAAUAUCUACAACACACUCAGGACCCAGAAAGAAAUACAACGACAGACGUACAAAACUCAUCUGCUCUGCGAACUUUUCUCGUUGACUCUUUUUCAAAAAUCAUUACAGAUAUUGAAAAAAAAGUAAUGUACCUGUAUAUAGACUCAGUUGAUGAAGUUUCUAGAGAAGAACUCUAUAAAUCACUCCCAUCAACAUUGGACCAAAUCAAGUUGUCAUUGAAUAAUGUACAGAAAGACGUUGAUAAAAAUAUCACCGCUCUGGUAAACGAUGCCAUUGCGGAUAUUCUUGAUAAGAAAUCGUCAAUAUUCAAAAUCAUCAAUCAAGCAAAAUUAUCAUCCGGAGAAAACAUUGUCAAUUAUAAACUGAAUGAUACCAUUUCGGAAAUCUUCGAUAAAAUUGAACAACCUUUGAACGAAUUAGUCACUGAAAAACAAGAGCUUGGUAAUUCUACUUUUGUGACUGAAGGGUUCAAUCAUAUCUCAGCACAGACCAAAUCUACAAUUUAUGAUUCAUUUCCUGAUAUGCAUAAAACUGUCGAUAAUGUAAUUGCUGAUAGGUCUCAAUUAAGAAAUAAUGCCACAUUAGAAAUGCUCAAAAUAGUGGAUAAAUACUUGGACAACAAAAAACUCAAUAAUACAGAGUUGCUUUCCAGCAAUGAGCUAAUUAGCGACCUACUAAAUUUUACUGUUGAGUUUCAACACAAAAUGGUAGAGGGGAUUGAUUUUUUGGCAGUAUAUUAUUUACUGGCAAAGCCAAAAGAUUGGACACCACCAUAUGGUAAAUUAUGGCAAUCCAUUUCAAAUACUUUAAAGGAUUUGCAAAGAAGUACGAUUGAAACUAAAAUAAACGUAUUGAAACGGGUAAUAGAUGUAGAAGAACCAAACCAUUUUGAAAAAUCAUCAGUAUUAAAAAUUCGAGAAAUCUUGAUCUCAACUUUGAAUGGGAAUGAGACUAAUCUUUUAUCAGACCUUUCAUAUUCAAUUAAUGAAUCAUUACAUGAUUCUGUAAACAUUGUCCAAGUAUUGUUCAAAAGACUGGAAAAUGAGUCUGAAAAUGAAAAUAAUGAAUUUGUGAAAACUGCUUACACUCAAGUUGAACAAUCAUUAAAAAUGCUUCUAUUCCCAAAUGAAAGUGUCCCAUUGAUUAAACUACGGUUCCAAAAUAAAUCCAGUUCUCUUGACGUGGCUGGCUUGAAUGAAGUAUAUGAAAAUGUUCUGAAAAAUGCCUCUGAGUAUUUGUCCACCCCUCCAACAGAUCAUCACUCAGAAGUCACAAGCUUAGAUGUAAUUACUAUUCUUCAGAUAGCACCUUCAUCACAAGGCAUUGCCAACUUUUCUCAAGUAGAUAACAAUCCAGCCAAUGAAUUUGUAUCAAUUCCGAGGUCAACUCCAAGUAAUGAUAGCACCUCCAUUCAGCAUACCUAUACAAAUGUGUCACCCAAUGGUUUAAAUGCAGCUAGCACAAUCAAUCCAUUGGAAACCAACACUUAUCCACCUUCAUCUACGCCAAGUUCAGAAUAUGAUUCAUCAACCUCAGAUCCAUCAACUGAAGACACUCCAACAGAAGUUCCGUCGCCUGAUACUCUUGUAGCUGCCAAUAUUUCAACUGCCAAUUUGAUGGACAGCAACACCACUUCACUUUCAACUACAUCGAGUCCAAAAUAUGAUUCACUAGCAGAGGAUCUAAUUUCAACUCAAGAUAAUGGCAACUUACUUCCAGUAAAUAACAAUCCAGCCAAUGAAAUUGUAUCAAGUCCAAAGUCAACUCCAAGUAAUGAUAGCACCUCUAUUCAGAAUACCCAUUCCAAUGAACCACCCAGUGGUUUAAUUGCAACCAGCACAAUCAAUCCAUUGGAAACCAACACUUAUCCACCUUCAUCUACACCAAGUCCAGAACACGAUUCAUCAACUGCAGAUCCAUCCACAGAUAGUCCAUCAACUGAAGACACUCCAACAGAAAUUCCAUCACCUGAUACUCUUGUUGCUGCCAAUAUUUCAACUGUCAAUGCAAUGGACAACAACACCACUCCACUUCCAACUACAUUGAGUCCAAAAUAUGAUUUGCCAAUAGAGGAUCGAUUAGAUGCUGGUCCACCAAUAGACAAUCCAUCAACACAUAAUCCAUCAACUGAAGACCCUUCAACAGAAGUUUCACAACCUGAGACACUCAAGACACAAACUAUUCAUCCUACCAAUAUUUCAAUUGCCAAUCCAAAUGAAAACAAUAGCUCUGCACUUCCAACAACUCCAAAUUCAAUAGAUCCAUCAGCAGAGAAUUCAAACAACCCAUCAAACAUCUCAGCUGCCAUUGAUUCAGAUCACAAAACAAAUCCUCCACUUCCUUUUCUGAAUACAAAACUUGGCCAAUCCACAAUUGGAAAUUCAGAACUAGUAACCCAAACAUAUGGAAGCUCACCAAAUGAAAUUCCUAGGCCAACAUUGACUAAUGAUACCAUCUCUCAUCAGUAUACCAUUCCAAAUGAACCUCCCAAUGGGUUAAAUGCAACCAGCACAAUCAAUCUAUUAGAAAACAACACGUAUCUGCUUUCAACUACACCAAGCCUAGAAUAUGAUUCACCAACAGACAACCCAUCAACAGAUAGACCAUUAAUUAAUGAUCCACUCACUGAUGUCCCUCCAACUGAAGUUUCACCUCUUGAGACUCUUGUUACACAAACUAUUCAUUCUGCUAAUAUCCCAAUCUCCAAUACAAACGAAAACAACACUUCUGCACUUCCAACUACCCCAAAUUCAAAAGACCAAUCAACAGGGAAUUCAAAUGAUGCAUUGAACAUCACAGUGACCAUUGAUACAGAUCCUAAAACAAAUCCCCCAAUCCCUUUUUUGAAUACAAAAUCUAGCCAAUCAACAACUGAAAUUUCAGAACCAGUAACCAAAGUAGAUUAUGACUCACGAGAUGAACAAGAAACAUUUCUGGAUUAUUUAGAGUACCUUAAUGAGAAGAUAGGUGACUCAUUAACAGAUAACGUGACCCUUCUUCAGAACACUGCUUCAAGCGAGUCUCACAAUGACUCCAAACCAGUUAUCCAAGAGAAUGUCAAUUCUUUGGAUGAAAACGCAUCAAUAAUAAGUUCAGAAUCAGAAAAUAACAUCACCAUUCUUCAGAACACUGUUCCGAGUGAGUCUCACAUCUCACUACCCAACCAGACAUCUCCAUUUACAACUCCAAGUCCAAAAAAUUCAUCAGUAGACAAUUUCACUAAAACUUCAAACAUCAUGGUCAUACCAGUCAGGAAGGCAAACUCAAAAACAAAUGGAUCUUCAAUAAUUGUUGAAAACAAAGACCUUGGUGACAGCAAUAAAACAAAUGAAAUGCACAAAACAAAUGGAUCAACAACAAGUGUUGAAAACAAAGACCACAGAGACAGCAAUAAAACAAAUAAUUUUAAAUGCCUAGAAGAACUAAAACGGCCUAUAAUUGAUUCUUUUUCAAUAAUCAUCACAGAUAUUAGUCAGAAUAUAAUCGGUUUGUUUAUAGAUGCACUCAAUAAAGCAGGCAAUCAAGUACUGUAUCAAAUAUUCCCAUCAGUUAUUGACAAAAUCUCAGCAUCAUUGAAUAGCCUACAAAUAUUUGUAGACCAAAAAACUACAAUUUUGGUAAACAAUGCUUUUGAGACUAUCCUUGAGAAGAAAUCAUUAAUAUUUGAAACAAUCAACCAUGCUGAAUUACCAUUUGGACAAAAUAUCACCAACAACAGUUCGCAAACUAUCGCAAAACACAAAUUGAAUGAUACUAUUUUGGAAAUCUUCAAAGAAAUUGAGCAACCUUCGAUAGAACUGAGUCCCAUGCUACAGAAUUCCCACAAUUCCACUUCAUUCUCUGAAGAAUUAAACUACAUCUCUUCCUUAAUAGUUUCUACAAAUUUGAAUUUAUUCCACAGUAUUAAUGCAACAGCCAAUGAGGAAUUUGCUGAUGCUGUAACAAUCACCUCUGCAUCGUUUGAAAUGCUAACGCAAGUAUAUAAUUAUUUUGAAAAACAUCAAUGGGACUCCCAGAAAUUCUCCACCAACAGUGAAUCGUUUUCUGAGCUAAUUGACAACUUGAUUAAACUAACCAUUCAGUACAAAAAUAAUUUUGUUAAAGAUUUGGAUAACUCUUUGGUUGAUUUAAUUCUCAAAGCAAAUGGUGAGAAACAAUUAUAUGAUGCUUUAUUGAAAAAUAUCUUCAACGUUGUAAAAAAUUCAGAAAGCAAAUUGCUCAAAAACAAAAUAAAUCAAUUGAAAAAUACAACAAUUAUAGAACAAUCAAAUGAAUUUGAAAAAUCAUCGUUAUUGAAAAUUGAAAAUAUCUUAAACUCAACAUCAGGAGAACGCAACCUUUCAAUAUCAAACCUUUCAGUUCCAAUCGGAGAAUCGUUACAGGAUUCUAUGAUAAUUGUUCGAGGGUUGUUCGAAGAAUUGAAUAAUAUGUCCGAUGUUGGAGCUGUGAUGAACGUCUACACUCAAAUUGAAAGUUCAUUGUUUGAUGUAAUACUUGGAUUGCAAAAAGAAGUUCCUCCAUUGUUUGUAGACGAAUUCUAUAAUACAUCCAGCUCUUUGAAUAUAUCUAGGUUGGAUAAAACGUACAAGAAUAUUUUGGAGAAUGCAUUUGAAAGUUUGUCCUUAUGUGAAAAUGGUGGAGUUGGUGAUCACUCUGAAGAGAAAUACACUGAAAUUGAAGAUUCCUCCGAUAAAUUUAGAAAUUCUCUCAGUGAACUUGACAAUAUUACCGUCACAAUUGAUAAUUCCACAUCUGCUGGACUGUUUGUGUACCCUUUAAAAUAUUUAUUUGUGUUAACUUUAGUGAUGAUUGGUUUAAUGUAAGUAGGUAGCAAUUUUUUUGAAAGCUGUGAUGGUAGAAUAUAAAUUAAAUGUAUUUUGUAUUUAUUUAAUUUAUUAUUAGGUAUCCUACGUACCAAAUUUUGUUGUUAUUGUUAUUAUACUUAGGUACCUAUCUAAUUUAAAGAUUUCUCUAGCAUGAGCAUGCGAUGUUCUCUUCGUACUUAGUAUUAAAAAUUAAUUUUAAAAAUGAAAUCUGUGCAAAUAUACAAAUAUUUAUUUAAUAA